AUGAAAGCAAUCAUUUUCUUUUCUGUAUCCUUAACCUAUUUAGAUGCAGACAUUGAUGAAGUGGGUUCAGUUUUGAAAAAAGUUUUAGAAAGGGAAGCUGUUCACCAACAACAGAGGUAACUUCCCUAAUACGAUGCAAAAGUUACACAUUAAAUUGAAGGAGACUAUGAAAGAAAAAAGAAAAAAAGGUAAAUUCAAUUUUGCGAUUCAGCUGUAAGUAACAGAAAAGCAAUGCUUAUAGGCAUGAUUUUGAAGGUUCAGUUGUUUAUGAGUUUGUUUGUUUUUUUUACUUUAGGACUACACCUUUAUCAGUUACCCCGAUCUUAGCACUGUUAUUUAAAUAACUCAAAUGCCAGAAGGACUGAGCCAAUCAAUAAACCAAGUAAUUAAAUAUCACAUAACAAUCCUGAAGUUAAAAAUCUGCAAACAUGACCUUUGACAUAAUCUGGAACCUUCUCUAGAUUGCCUAAUUCCAUUUCCUAACAAAAAAGGCUGGGUCAUGCCAAACAAUGACACAGAUAGUCUCAAGAAAAAAAAACAUGACAAGCAAGCUGGUCCAGAAGCACCCUUAACAAUUGUGUACAUUGUUGAAAGAAAGCCCUUAGUCACUCUGCUGUCUUAUAAGCUCAUUAAUAAACUUAAAGCCAAAAACAGUUACAAGACCUGAUAGUUGGCUGAAUGUGACCUUUUUUGCAGGAAAAAAUGUGCAAUUUCGAGCUCUAUUCAAGCCCAACAGGUGAGGGAGGUUUAACAGUACAUCAGUAGAAAUGCACACUUCCAAAUUAAUUGUACUACUCACUGAUACAUUGUUGAUUUCACAUCGGGAUAACUGUUAAUAAUUUAACGUUUAGUCCAUACAAAACCCUUUUGAUUUUAAAGCAAAAUAAAAUAGGCUGAAUGUUGUUUUGCUUUGUUUAUUUUUUCUUGACAAGGUAAGGCAGAUGAGACACCAGAGGAUACCUCGCCCGCCCAGAGAAGGCAACAAAGUGCUAGUGUAUGAUUUGGUUCAGGGCCGCCCAUUAAUGUCCCGCAUAGUUAGUGAAACUGCCUUCUAUCAGGCACAAAAGAAGCAAUAA